CCAUCCAUUCCCCACUUCUCGUACCUAAAUUCGUACAAGUACAAUUCGUACUUAUUUUUUAUAUUAAACAGUAUACACUACAGCCUAGUAUCUGGUUGAUAUUUUUUAUUUUUUGUAUUUUAUAAUAAUUGAGUGUACAUCGUAUCCAUAUAUGAAAAUAUUUGGUUACUUCUUGGAAGGUGAAUGAUCGGUGCUAAGUGUACAAACUAAAACAGUUAAUAAAUAAACAGUAACGGGGCUCCGUUACUUACUCUCAAAGCAUCAUGCCUCAUGAUUUGAAAGGUCUGGGCGUAAGGAAAGCAAUAAUGGCUCCCCUGUCUCCCACACCCUGCGCUGAGAUCAGUGACGAUGAGCUGGUCUCCAUCUCAGUGCGUGAUCUUAAUAGACAACUCAAAAUGAGAGGCUUAACACGAGACCAAAUAGUCAGGAUGAAACAACGUCGGCGUACGCUUAAAAACCGAGGAUACGCUGCCUCGUGUCGCAUCAAACGGAUAGAGCAGAAAGACGAACUUGAAACUGAGAAAAGUCAGGAAUGGCAUGAUAUGGAAACGAUGCAAGAGGAAAACACAAGGAUCCGUGAAGAGAUUGAAGCCCUUAGGAGCAAAUACGACGCCCUGAAGCGCUUCGCACAUAUGAAGAGCAUUCCGUUGCCAGCUGAACUUGAUAUGUUACCUUGAUUUAAUAUAGAUAUAUAACCCCUUACUCGUAUAUGAUGUAUACCGUUUGUGUACACAGCUCUACAUGAAAUGUUUAUUUCGUAAUAGAUGUAACUAUUGGUCUCCGCGGCGCAUGCCAGUCAAUAUCAUAUAUAAUACAGUCGGUAUGAUUUUCUCCAAGAAUUAACGCAAACUUUAAUUAAUUAUGUGUAGAAAGGCGUGAGGAAACCUGCACGUGUCUAAUUUCAAUGAAAUUCAGCCACAUGUGUCUCCACCAUUGGAGCAGCGUUGUGGAUUGAGCUCCGAAUCUUCUAGGGAGAAAUCUUGAAGGGGAGGAGACCUUAGCCCAGACGUGGAACAUUUACGAACUGUUACUUAACUUAAUGGAUAUACGUAAACCUUUCUCGUGAAUCACUCAGUCCAUUUG